AUGCCGUCCCUGGUGGCCCUGCUAGGCCGGGCAGCCUCCCGGGGGCUUUUCCAGGUCUUCAGGUCCUACAUUUCCUUCGACAUCCUGAGGAGAGUGCUGCGGGACUACUUUGGGUUCGACGUGUUCUACUGCAUGAACAUCACGGACAUCGACGACAAGAUCAUCAAGAGGGCCCGGCAGAACUACUUGUUUGAGCAGUACCGGGGGAAGCAGCCGCGGGCGGCCCAGCUCCUGGAGGAUGUUCAUGCCGCCCUGAAGCCGUUUUCAGCCAAGUUAAAUGAGACCACGGACCCGGACAGAAAGCAAAUGCUGGAGCGCACUCAGCGCGCGGUGGAGCUGGCCGCAGAGCCCCUGGAGAGAGCCGUGCGGGGCGGCCUCCCGGCAGAGGAGGCCGCCCGCUGCGCAGAGGUGUUGUUGGAAGAAGCAAAAGAUUUGCUCUCUGACUGGCUGGACUCCACACUGGGCAGCGAAGUUACGGACAAUUCUAUUUUCUCCAAACUGCCCAAGUUCUGGGAAGAAGAAUUCCACAGAGACAUGGAAACCCUGAACGUUCUCCCUCCGGACGUCCUGACCCGGGUGAGUGAAUAUGUGCCGGAGAUCGUGAACUUUGUCCAGAAGAUCGUGGACAACGGCUACGGCUACGUUUCCAAUGGGUCCGUCUACUUUGACACCGUGAAGUUUGCUUCCAGCGAGAGACACUCCUACGGGAAGCUGGUGCCCGAGGCCGUUGGGGACCAGAAAGCCCUGCAGGAAGGGGAAGGUGACCUGAGUGUCUCGGCAGACCGCCUGAGUGAGAAGCGGUCCCCCAAUGACUUCGCUCUGUGGAAAGCCUCCAAGCCCGGCGAGCCAUCCUGGCCGUGCCCGUGGGGAAAGGGGCGUCCGGGAUGGCACAUCGAGUGCUCGGCCAUGGCAAGCGCUCUCCUGGGAGCCUCGAUGGACAUUCACGGAGGGGGCUUCGACCUCCGGUUCCCCCACCACGACAACGAGCUGGCCCAGUCAGAGGCCUACUUCGACAACGACUGCUGGGUCCGCUAUUUCCUCCACACGGGCCACCUGACCAUUGCGGGCUGCAAGAUGUCCAAAUCGCUCAAGAACUUCAUCACCAUCAAAGACGCCUUGCAGAAGCACUCAGCGCGGCAGCUGCGGCUGGCCUUCCUCAUGCACUCGUGGAAGGACACGCUGGACUACUCGAGCAACACCAUGGAGUCCGCGCUUCAGUACGAGAAGUUCAUGAACGAGUUUUUCUUAAAUGUGAAAGACAUCCUCCGAGCUCCUGUUGACAUAACCGGUCGGUUUGAAAAGUGGGAAGACGAAGAGUCGGAGCUGAACAAGAGCUUUUACGACAAGAAGACGGCAGUGCACGAGGCCCUCUGUGAUAACGUCGACACGCGCACGGUCCUGGAAGAGAUGCGGGCUCUGGUCGGCCAGUGCAACCUCUACAUGGCGGCCCGGAAGGCCGCGAGGAGGAGGCCCAACCGGGCUCUGCUGGAAAGCAUCGCUCGGUACCUCACCCACAUGCUCAAGGUCUUUGGGGCCAUAGAAGAGGAAAGCUCCCUGGGAUUCCCGGUCAGAGGACCUGGGAGCAGCCUAAAUGUGCGGGCUGGGCCAGCCCGGGACUUGGUGGGCGUGGCGGCUGGGCCAGGCGGCCUUCUGGGAGCACGUGAAUGUUGGCCCCGCCUGGCGGGCGGCUGGUCCCAGGCCUCCGGCCCUCCCGCACCCCUCGGCUGGGCCUCCCGCAUCUCCGAGAAUGCCAGCAGCUCUGGGGUCCGCCCCAACCUCCAGGCCCGUUUCCGGCUCUUGCUGGUGGGGGCUUGGAAUCUUGUGGAGUCCCGAGGACUCCCUGAGGUCCUGCAGCUCAGCGACGCCCUGCGGGACGACAUCCUGCCCGAGCUCGGGGUGCGGCUCGAAGAUCAUGAAGGGCUGCCGACCGUGGUCAAGCUGGGGGACAGAGAGACCUUGCUGAAGGAGAGAGAGGAGAAGAGACGGGUUGAAGAAGAGAAGAGGAGGAAGAAAGAGGGGGCCGCCAGGAAGAAACAGGAACAAGAGGCGGCGAAACUGGCCAAGAUGAAGAUCUCACCCAGUGAGAUGUUCUUGUCAGAGACUGACAAAUACUCCAAGUUUGAUGAAAACGGUCUGCCCACACAUGACAGCGAGGGCAAAGAGCUGAGCAAAGGGCAAGCCAAGAAGCUGAAGAAGCUUUUGGAAGCUCAGGAGAGGCUCCACAAGGAGUACCUGCAAAUGGUUCAAAACGGAAGCUUCAAAUGAAACAGCAGGGGACUCGGUUUUCACACCAAGCCGUCGGUGGCCUGACGGCUUUCUCUCUGCGUCCUUAGUGACACUGCCCCACGCUCCAUGAUGUUUACAGUGGCCCUCGGGUCCCAAAUUGAGAAUUGUGUUCACCUGCCGUCGUCAGCUC